AUGUAUUGGCCUGUGUGUCAUUUACAGGGGGUGAGCCUGACGUCGCUGCAGACGCUACAGGGGCUGCAGGGGUUGCAGGGGUUGCCGGGGCUGGCGGGGCUGCAGGGUGUGCAGAACGUGCAAGUCCAGAUCCCUGGUUUGGCGGCACCCAUCUCCCUCUCGCUGAACGUGUCGGGCGCGCCCAGUAGUUUGUUCGUGUCGGUGCCGCCGACCACCUCCGUCGUGCUCGCUAACCAGCCGUCCGUGCUCAGUUUGCCCAUUGCGCAACUGAUGUCGGCGGGCGUGAAGGGCGGCGUGCGCGGCGGCACGGUGCAGGUGGUGCGCGGCGCGCGCCCCGCCCGCCUCGCGCGCCCCGCGCCGCGCCCCGCGCUGCAGCCCGCCGGCACCGCUCAAUUCAUCACACAGCCCCAAACGCAACCGUUGAACGCGCAUCAGGUGCGACGGAAAUCGAACCCGGACAGUUCAUAGUAAAGACUUCAUGUACACCACACUGCCGUUAGUUAAAUUGUAAAUAAGUGCAAGUAGAUGAAAUUUUAUUUAAGGUGACAGUGAUGUGUGUAUCCGUGCAAUAUGCGAGAAUAGCCAAUUGAUGGAAUAGAAACAUUGAACUUAUUUAUGCCAGAUGUUCAACUAUUGUAAAUUUAUACGUAAUAUUUUAAAAAUCGCCGAAUGAGACUGACGAAUUCAUUUUGUUACAAUAAAUAUCUCCAUUAUAUAAAAUAAUAAAAUAAAAUGAUAAUUUUUAAUCAUGCAAACGCAAUAUUUUAUAUACAAAGUUAUCGUGUAUAUUUUUUAUGUCACAAACGUUAUGUAUGGGGUUUGAAUGUGCAUUAGUAUUUGCUUGAUCAUGACAUGGAUGUGGUUAAAUUAUAAGUAAAACUCCGUUCAAUAACAAUACCUAUUCUCUACGCAUUAGGGUUCAAAUUCAUUAUUUCCUUCUUUAUUUUAAUGGCCAUGUUGCUUUAUCUAGAAGCUUCCUAGAGUUAAUAUAAAUAUACAUAGCAAGGCAUUGAAUUUGAUACAAUGAUGAUUAAAUAGCAAUGUGUAAAUUACAUUUGAAUGAAAUAUGUAUUUUUAAUUCAUCCGUAUUUUUCCGACGUUUUCAAAACGUCCAAAAUUAGCUCUACUCCUUGUUGCUGCUAUCGAAAGUAAUUAUCGAUAUAAUAGAUUUUUAGUAAUUUGCAUGGAAUUUGUAUUAAUGAUGAUUUAAUGUUCAUUCCUUUAAUAAAUUUCGCUAUCCCUAUUAAACCAUAAUUUGAACCUUAUUACGUAGUUUGUGAAGGCAAUAUUCGAACAGCAAUAUUAUACAUUUCUUGAUCUAGCAGGGUGCAUACACUGGAUUGUUAAAGUUCCCUCUAUACUAGCGAACAAUAUAGUAAAUAAUAAGGCUGUUAAAUACGAUAUAAGCCUUAUUCGAAUGUAGUGUAGAUGUCACGUGGAUAUUUUUAUAUGUAUCCAGAAAAGCAUGCCUGAAACGUCAAAUUUCCACGUCGUUGACAACGUGUGUGGUAUGAACAAUCAACGAAUUAAUUAAGUGGUAGUUGAAUUAUGUAUAGGAAAUAAUCAGGUCGCUAUAUUCUCCUCUUAUAUAUUCCUUGUUCUUCUAGUCUUAUAACUUGUUUGUACCACUGCUUACUAAAUUUUCAAUUAUAACUAACCCCAUAUCAAACAUCCUAUGCUUACUACUGCCCAAAUAAGAGACUAGUGUAUUGAUUAAGGUUAUACACAUACGAAUAAGGAGAAUUUGUUCCUUGUUGUUCUUUUGAAAGUUAUUGGUUUUCACAUGCAAUGAUUCCUAUAGAAUCGCAUUACCUACAGUUUCUUGUUAAGGGAAGGUCGAAUCAGUCAAUUGUACUUAAAUCGAAAUUAAACCUGCUAUCGUUUCUCAUUGUUAAAUCAGUAUUAUGGGCCAGUUCCAGGCAAAAUAAAUUCGUAAUUAAACAUUGAUGAAAGUACAAGAAACGUAUACCUGUGUAUUGUAAAAUUGUAAAUUUGUAUAAAUAUUGUUGUCGCGUUACAUCACAAUGAAAUUAAAGUAAUGUUAUAUAAUGUAAGUUGAAUUUGCGUCGUGUCGCGUGUGUUACUGUGUUCAAAAGUUGUUGUUAAUAUAUUUUAUUUGUAAAGUCAUGGUUGACGGGUGAUUGGUUUUAGAAUAUUCUUGCUUAAGACAUAUUUUUCUUAUGGUAAUAUUUUCUUGUAUGAAAGUUGUCUUAUUUUAACCUAUAUUAAAACAUUUUUGUUGAUUUGAAGUUCACCCACAGAAUGCUGUUCAAUGGAUAUAUUAAUAAAUGAAUGAAUUUGUUAUAGAAAAAUAAUAUCUGCAUAUAAUACGAUUUUAAUAAAAUAGUAACAUUAAAACAUGUUCCUCGCCUUGUACAGUAAUAAUAA